GCUGUCAACUCAGCACAGAAGGUGCUCGAUGGUACCGGACCAGCUCGACGACAUGAUAUCAUCGCGGCUGAACCACGCUUUCUGUGCAUGGCUUUUGGCAGAGUACCAAGUCACGGCAUGUCGCCGAAGCUGCUAAUCCGGUUGUGCUCUUGUCACCGUGAGGGCAUUUCGGUAGAACAACGGAGUCCCAUUUUGAAAAUACCAUCGAGAGUUGAGAAAAGGAUGACAAAUAAAGCAUACAAUGGGCAAUACCAGACAGACGCCUCAUUUCGCAGACACCUUACACGAGCUCCAUUGGCUCCAAAUUGUUUUUAA